GAUUUGGUUACGUAUACUUGACUGUGGUGGAAACGGAAAUACAUUUUGAAUGGCAAUGCUGUUCAGCCUUUGAAAGAGAAGAGAGACGUUUGUAAACAGAAAGUGGUCACAAAAACAAAGUAAUUUAAGCUGUAGCUGUAUAAUAUUUAAAUGGGAGGAAACUCGAAAGCUACUUUUGUAAAUAACGCAAGAAUCCAAAAGGAGCAGCUUCAGCUCAGUAAGAUACAAAAGGAGCUGGAAACCAUACUGGGAAGAGUCAACGAAGCCAUUAACGAACUGAAAGUAGAAGAAUUGCAGUUAAAAGCAGGAGCAGCAGCAGCUUUAAGUGAAAACAUGCAAUCAGCAAAUCUAAACCAACGAUGUGAGCAAGAGCAGCCCAGCACCAGUUCCCAAGCCAGUUUAACACUCGCUCAAUUGCCACAUAACUUAACAUGUGGACCACUAGAUCAGGAAAACGCGCAAAUCGAUGCUGUUGUCAUUAAUAAACAAAUUAUAUAUUUAAACACAGCAACAGGUAACAAUAACAUAGAAGAAGAGGAGGACGACGAGUUAUAGUAACAACAAAGUAGAUGACAGUGACUUGUGUGACUUUGUGAUUAUUUUUAUUCAUAAAUAAAUGGAUUUUGUUUAAACAGA